AUGGAUGCACCAAAGAGUGAGCACACGAGGACACAUGCGCAGUCAGUAGGAGCAGCUUAUCCAGUCGUGAAGUUCCAGACAUUUUUCAGGAGUGCCGCUCUCACCCUGGUUGACUCUAUGAAGGUCACUGAGGUCAGACGCCAGCAAGAGCCAGCAGCGGAGAGGCAGGAAAUGUGUGGGGCUCUGGGAACACAGCAAAGGAGAAAAGGUUUCUGUAGACAAGGUUUGAGAGGAAACUCUGACAAUGUGAGGAGGGCCCUGUGUAUGUUGUGUUUUCUUUUCUCAGUCAAGAAAACUCUUUUAUUUUUUAUUAUUAAACUCUUUUCUUUUUUAUUAUUGGAGUAUAAUUGA